AUGCGGAAGCCUGACCAGCGUCUGACCAGAAGCAUCAUGAGGCAGCUUGACCAGCUGCUCUUUUCUGAAGCGUACAGGCUGUGGUCGUGCUCACAGCUACUGGACUUCGUGCUGCCUAACCACACGCGCAUCCUACCGUGCCGCGAGAUGUGCUACGACGUCGCUCAGAAAUGUCCUUACCUCCUACCCAGUGACAAGCCAUUUGAGUUUUAUAACCUCUUCCUCCUACCCAGUGACAAGCCUGUUGCUGGGGAGCCAACGUUCCUGUGUGAAGAUCCGGAAAUCACAGGCCACGACGACUUCUACGAGACGUACGGCCCGCCAGACAACUGCUACAUGCCUUGCAAAGCUGUCCACGAGAGCUGGAAGGAGUACGGCAGGAGAAACCGAACCUGCCAAGACGAAAAGGAAAAUGAUUUUUACUGGUGCCAUCGUAUUGGACUGGCAAGUUAUGUCCGGAUCAGCCCCUGUGAUUCCCCUUAUCUUCCAGGCACUAAACAUAUAGACGAAAGAACAGAGAAUAUGGACUCUUCUAUGAGUCCUGAGGGCAGGAAAAAGACUGCAGACUCUAGGAGUCCUGAGGGCAGGAAAAAGACCGCAGACUCUAGGAGUUCUGAGGGCAGGAAAAAGACCGCAGACUCUAGGAGUCCUGAGGGCAGGAAAAAGACCGCAGACUCGAGGAACCCUGAGGACAGGAAAAAGACCACAGACUCUAGGAGUCCUGAGGGCAAGAAAAAGACCGCAGAUUCUAGGAGUCCUGAGGGCAAGAAAAAGACCGCAGACUCUAGGAGUCCUGAGGGCAAGAAAAAGACCGUUAAAGAGAAGACCGAGAAGAAAGAGUCUAGAACGGACAGGGAGAUUUCUAGUGGUGAGGUAAGAGCUCUGCCCUUGGCUGGACACUCUAGUUUCUAUCAUGGAGUUGAUCCUAACUCGGGAGAGCGAGCACUCGAUAUUUCAUCUAGCAUUUAUGGUGAUAGCAGUUAUGGUGGUCAAGAAGACGAUGGUGUUGACGAUGGUGAUCAAGAAGACGAUGAUAUUGAUGAUGGUGGUGAAGGAAACGAUGGUGUUGAUGAUGGUAGUGAUAAAAACGAUGGUGUUGAAGUUAAGUCCAAGCGUGCCUCUCUCACCCUCAGCUCGCCUCCUAUCGCAUUUAUCAAUGAACACAAGCAGCAGCAGUCGCUUAACCUGUACAGAACACCAAAACAACACAAAAGCCUGUAUUCUAAAAGCAAAAAUCUAGACAAUGAGUAUUAUGUUGAUAAGAACUUGGGCUCAGCAGGACCUAGCGUUACCUCAGCAGCAGCUUCCUCCAUGUUGUCGUACGCUCGUCGCCAUCGCUCAUGUUUAUGUGGUUGUCCUAGGCGGCCGGGGGUGCCAGACGUAGGACAACUGGCCACAGGCGCCAUAUUACUUUAUUAUCUGUCAAAUGUACUCAGUAUUUUAUACAAUUAUUGUCACAGUUAUUCUACGUAUUUAUUGUGUUGCUGUAGCUUCCAUUACUAUAGGCACUACGCUAGUUGUGAUCGAAGGGUCUGUACAGUAGGGAAUAGUACGUUUGGUAUCAUCUCCAGGCUACCAUGCCUGUUGUCGUACCAUCAUCGGGAGACGUCGGCUCUCACUGCCGCAUUCUUCCUCUUCAUUACCAUUAAUAUGAUUAUAUUAACAAUUAUUAUAACUAUUAUUACAUUAUUCAUCAAAUGCAUAGCAGCCUCAUUGUUGUCGUGGUCAUUGUUGUUGUUGUUGUUGCCGUUGCUGUUGUUGCUUAUUCCUCUCAAUGAUUUAGAUAUUUACGAGCGUCGCUCGCAUUGUAGUUUUUCCGCUUGCCUCUUACUGCUUUUUUCUGGCCUACAUUGCUACUCGUAAUUCCUUUACUGCCGCGACUGAGUGAUG